AUGAGAGAAAUAGUUAUAACAAAACCAGGAUCAUACGAUGUACUUCAAGUCAGAACAUCACCUGAUCCAACCGUUGGUGCAGGUCAAGUUAAAAUCAAUGUUAAAGCAUGUGGUUUAAAUUUUGCUGAAGUUAUGGCAAGACAAGGAUUAUAUCCAGAUGCACCACCUACACCUUGUGUUGUUGGAUAUGAAGCUGCUGGGGUUGUGGGUGAAGUGGGUGAGGGUGUCACAUCGGUUUCAGUCGGACAAAGAGUUGCUGUUUGCACCAAGUUUGGUGCUCAUUCCGAUACCAUUGUUUUAAGCCAUCAAAUGGUAUUCCCGAUUCCUGAUGAUAUGACAUUUGCAGAGGCAGCAUCGAUUCCAGUCAACUAUAUCACUGCCUAUCAUAUGUUGUUCAGAGUUGCCAAUAUUCAACCGGGUGCAAGAGUUCUUGUUCAUAUGGCUGCUGGUGGUGUUGGUGUCGCCGCCAUCCAACUAUUGAAAACCAUUCCAGAUGUCACCAUCUUUGGAACUGCAUCACCAAGUAAACAUGAAUUCAUUCGUCAACUCGGUUGCACACAUCCCAUUGACUAUACAACCAAAGAUUAUGCAACAGAGAUCACCAACAUGUAUCAAAAUGAACUAGAAGGAAAGAGAGGUGUUGAUGUUAUCAUUGACCCAUUGGGUGAAUUCAAGUCUGGAUAUCAUAUUUUAAAUACAUGUGGACAUAUCAUUGCAUUCGGUGUUACCAACAUGGUAAGUGGAUCAACAAGAAGUAUCUUUAAUAUUUUGAAACAAUAUAUGAGAAUUCCAUCGUUCAAUCCAUUACAUUUAAUGAAUGAUAACAAGACUGUUUCUGGUGUAAAUAUUGGACAUCUUUUCAUUCCAUCGCAUAUACCAAUGAUUAAGCAAGAGAUGUUAGAGAUUCUAGAGUUAUUCAAGCAAGGAAAGUGUAAGGCUAUCGUCAGUGAACAAUUCACUUUUGAGCAAGCUGGUGAAGCACAUAAAUACAUUGAACAAAGAAAGAAUAUCGGUAAAGUUGUUCUUGUACCAACUGAGGCCGAUAGAGCAAUGAUUCCUAAUUCUUAA